AAACAUAAAUUAAAUUAUGUUAUUGACUAAUUCCAAAGCGGUUAUCUGUCUGUUGAAUGAAAAUAGCGAAUUGGUUAUAAAAAAUGGUUGAUAAAAGAUAAGAGAAUUAAACCGUCAGUAUAACUAUGAAUUCGAUCAUAAAAUGUUUUUAAUUUAUUAAAUAUUAUUAAUAUUAAUAUUAAUUAAUAAUAUUAAAUUUUAUUGAAAUAAUUAUUAAAAUAUAUUAUAUAAAUAUAAUAUUUGCUUAUAAUUUUUUAAUAAAAAACCGCAUAACCUUUAUUUCGUUUCAUGUAAUAAAAAAAAAAUGAAUGUUAAGAUUUUAGAUGGUGGAUUUGGUGCUCAAUUAUCAACUCAUGUUAAUGAAAAAGUCGAUGGUGAUCCUUUAUGGACAUCAAAAUUUUUAGUAACAAAUCCUAAUGCAGUAUAUGCUACACAUUUGGAUUUUUUAAAAGCAGGUGCAGAUAUUAUUGAAACAAAUACAUAUCAAGCUUCAAUUCCUAGCUUAAUGAAACAUUUGUCUAUAAGCAAAGAAGAAAGUAUAAAAUUGUUACAUAAAGCUGUUCAUCUUGCUAAAACUGCAGUGAAUGAUUAUACUAAAGAAGUUAUAAAUAAUAAUGAUGUUGAGAAUAAAAAUCCUAUGAUUGUUGCCUCUUGUGGACCAUAUGGAGCUAGUUUACAUGAUGGUUCAGAAUAUAAUGGAGCUUAUGGCAAAAUAACACCUCGUGAAAACAUAAUUCAAUGGCAUAAAUCACGUAUAGAUGCUAUUAUAAAUGCUGGUAUAGAUUUAUUAGCAUUAGAAACUAUACCUUGUUAUCAGGAAGCAGAAGCAAUAAUUGAAGUUCUAAGAGAAUAUCCAAAUACUAAAGCAUGGCUUUCAUUUUCUUGUGAAAAAAAUACACAAAAAAUAGUAGAUGGAAGCAAUUUUCAAGAACUUUCUACACGUUGUUAUAAAACAUUACCAGGACAAAUAGUUGCCAUUGGUGUAAAUUGUAUUGCUCCAAAAGAUGUAACUCCUUUAUUGAAAAAUAUCAAUAUGGGAUCAGGAAAUGAUUUUAUUCCACUUAUAGCAUAUCCUAAUAGUGGUGAAAUCUACUCACCAAAUGAAGGAUGGAUAAAAAAUGAAAGUUGUGCUCCACUUGAAAGUUUCAUUCCUGAAUGGUUAGAAUUUGGAAUACGAUAUCUUGGAGGAUGUUGCAGAAUGUAUGCAGAGAAUAUAAAAUCAAUUAGAAAAGCAGUAAAUAAUUUCAAGAAAUCAAAAGAACAAUAAUGGAUUAAUUUUUUUUUAAAUAAAAAUUUAAUUAUUUUUGCUUUUUAAAAUUUUGUUAAUUUUAUUUUUAAUUUUAUAUAUAUUGUUUUAUAUAUUUUUUAACAUAUUUAUAAAUUAAAUGCAUAUAUAUAUAUAAAUUAAUAAAUUUUAC